GAGUCGCUACUGUGGUGUUUCAAACAAUGUGGGAACUGGUGGUGGCGGCUGGGAACGACUUGUCCGGACCGGCUUUUUGAAAAUGGACUCUUCCUAUGUGGCGACACGUUGGCGGACCGCGCACUGAGCAGAUUUCUGGAGACAUGGCCACAGAACAUAUUAAUGGAAAUGGUCCAGAAGAACCAAUGGACACCUCUGCUGCAGUUACCCAUUCUGAGCACUUCCAGACUUUAUUAGAAGCUGGUUUACCACAGAAAGUUGCUGAAAAACUAGAUGAAAUUUACAUAGCAGGAUUGGUGUCACACAGUGACUUAGAUGAUCGAGCGAUUGAGGCUCUGAAAGAAUUCAACGAGGAAGGUGCUCUCCAAGUCCUGUUGCAAUUCAAGGACAGCGACCUCUCACAUGUUCAGAACAAAAGUGCCUUUCUUUGUGGCGUGAUGAAGACAUACAGACAAAGAGAGAAGCAAGGGACCAAAGUGGCAGACACCAACAAAGGACCAGAUGAAGCCAAAAUCAAAGCAUUGCUGGAGAGGACUGGUUACACACUGGAUGUAACUACGGGCCAGAGGAAGUAUGGUGGUCCACCACCUGAGUCAGCUCACUCCGGAGCACAGCCGACUGUUGGCACCGAGAUAUUUGUUGGCAAAAUCCCCAGAGAUCUGUUUGAGGAUGAGCUUGUUCCUCUGUUUGAGAAAGCUGGGCCCAUCUGGGACCUGCGCCUGAUGAUGGAUCCUCUCAGUGGCCUCAACAGAGGCUACGCCUUUGUCACUUUUUGCACUAAAGAGGCAGCACAGCAGGCUGUCAAAUUGUGCAACAACAAUGAAAUUCGACCUGGCAAACAAAUUGGCGUGUGCAUCUCAGUGGCCAAUAACAGACUGUUUGUUGGCUCUAUCCCCAAGAGUAAAACAAAAGAGCAGAUUGUUGAAGAAUUUGCAAAAGUCACAGAGGGUUUAAAUGAUGUCAUAUUGUACCACCAACCUGAUGACAAGAAGAAAAACCGUGGCUUUUGCUUCCUGGAGUAUGAAGACCACAAGACAGCGGCUCAGGCCCGCCGACGUCUGAUGAGUGGCAAAGUGAAAGUGUGGGGCAAUGUGGUCACCGUAGAAUGGGCUGAUCCUAUUGAGGACCCCGACCCAGAGGUCAUGGCUAAGGUGAAAGUGCUGUUUGUGAGGAACCUAGCAAGCUCUGUUACAGAGGAGAUUCUUGAAAAGGCCUUUAGUCAGUUUGGCAAGUUGGAGCGUGUGAAAAAAUUGAAAGACUACGCAUUCAUCCAUUUUGAAGAAAGAGAUGGUGCUGUGAAGGCCCUGGCGGAUCUCAAUGGAAAGGACCUGGAAGGAGAACAUAUUGAGAUAGUCUUUGCCAAGCCUCCUGACCAGAAGAGGAAAGAGCGCAAAGCUCAGAGACAAGCAGCCAAAACACAAAUGUAUGAUGAAUACUAUUACUACGCACCUCCACACAUGCCGCCACCCACAAGAGGCCGCGGACGAGGCGGGCGUGGUGGUUACUCUUACCCCCCAGACUACUACAGCUAUGAAGACUAUUAUGAUUACUACGGCUACGACUACCACAACUACCGGGGCGGCUAUGACGACCCGUUCUAUAGCUACGAUGAUUUCCAGGGCUCUGGGAGAGGAAGAGGAGGAGCAAGAGGUGGUCUCCGUGGUAUCAGUCAAACCAGGGGCCGCGGCAGCAUCACACCUAGAGGGAGAGUGGGCUUCUCACAGCGUGGCGGCUCUGGAACGAGCAGAGGUCAAUUCACAAUAUUCUCCAGCAGGAAGAUGCUUUGACAAGAUGUGAUGUGUAACUGCACGUUUUUGUAAGUACAAGACUGUAUACUGUAUGCAUGUAAUUCUUGAUGUGUAAACCUUAAUUAAAGUUCCUUUAACUGUGAGGCAUAUUGUAGGGAUUAGCGUAUCAAAAAUAGGCAUUUGUAGGACUUUAUAGUGGUGCGUCCAUUAUUCGUUGUUUUUCGACAUGGGGGGUGUUGUCUUGGAAUCUAAUCCCCGUGAAUAGUGGGGAUCUACUGUAUUAAUUUGAUUUGUCAAGUAGUCAGGUCAGACCAUAAUAAUGUGUGAGCACUUAAGUGGAUACAGCAGCAGACCAAGGUUGUUCAUUCAAACUUUAGUUAAAAACGGGAGGAAUUCUUGCCGCACUGCUAGAGGCUGUGCUACAUGAUUUAUUAAGCAAAACGUUUCUUUCCCUCUGAUUGGUCCAGCAGGGAAGCGGGGCCGAGGGCGGUCCUGACCUGUCAAACACAGCGGAUACUGACUUGAUGUGUGGGGUUACACCAUGAGCUGCAAAGGAUGUUGAAACAAAAAAAGAGCGUGACAAAAAAAGGUCCAAUGAUAUUCCAGCCUUACAGAAGAAGCAUCUCUCCCCUUUUGUUUUUUUUUUGUUAGUUUAAACUAAACUGCCACCUUUUUAAAAGAAGACCGCACGAUUUUGUAUACUCGCCUAAGCCUCUGUCACCCCUGUGCCCCUUUUAGCGAGCCCUGACAACAGGGUGUCAAUUUAUUGCCCCAACAAUCUCCCCCGUUCCCUGUCCCCAAACAUGCCAUUUUUAAAUAAUUAUUGAAGAAUUUGCACUUUUUAAGUUUCUUAGGUUUGAAGUGGCUCGAAGGAGCUUGAUGCUAUUGUAUAUUUUUGUGCUAAUCGCAAUUUUUAUUGUUGGAAUAUCCACGUUAAAUCAUUUUGAUGUGGAUGUUUGAAAGAGAACAUUUGCAGGUUUUUAUUUAGGGUGUACCCACCUGGCAUGGAUAAGUCAGGCAUUCCAAGAAAGUGGUUCUUUUCAGAACUUGUCUUUAAAGGGUUGGUUGACUACCUCAGUACAGAGGACUAAACUACCCGGCCUGUACUGUAAAUAGGGAAACUAUAUUGAUGAAAGCAAGGCUUGUUCUCAAUACAAAAUAUGCACAAGAGCUGGGGCACACAAACAAUGUACUUAAUGUAAUAUAGUCAUUUUUGCUGCAGCUCUGACACUGCAAACAGUCAAACUGGGCAUGCAAAACUAUCUCAUCAGAUGAGUCCGAACAAGCCUUGCUUUUAUCCUAUUUUGAACUGAAUUAGCUGCCUCGCUUCUUCAGAGUAUGUAGUUACUGUUUGUAUAGUUUUUUUUUUUUGGAUAAAAUGUUACUUUGUAAAGGCUUCAAUGUCACCGGCAUCAGACAGCCUUUGAUUUUAAUGGAUAACAAAUAAAGGCCCUGCAGUGUCCCUUUGUGCCACUGUAUUCCAGUGGGUUUGUUUUUUUUAAUAUCAAACAUCAGAUAUCAGAAUCAUUCAAUGUCAUUGCCAAUCUGUCAAUUGUGUAAACUCAUGUUCAUCUGGACCGGUCCCUUUUUUCCAUCUCCCAAACCAGCAACUGUGUACAAGUUCGUCUUGAUGACCAGUUAGGCAUUAUGUUAUGCCUAAAGUUCUGGUUUUGGUGUUGGGAUCACAAUGUGGUAUAAGGGAUGCUGCAGUGAAUGAAAUAUAUUUCCAGGUAUAUCACCAAGGAAACUGUGCUGUUCAAUUCCAGUUUUCUAUACAGUUAACUCCCUCAAUAAAAUUCAUAACCACCUUUUGAAAAAAAAAAAUGUUAGCAGUUUUAAACUAUUGUUGGUGGCCAACAACGUUUUUUGCAUUCCUGCAAAUAAAUUGUUUUAUACUGUAAAAUGGAGGUGAGUGUAACUUAUUUUUGUAAUAAAGUUUUUGAUUUCUA